CGCGCGGGCUGUGGGCCGCCGGCUGAAGACUCCGCGGGAGUGCGGCCGGGCGGCCUCGCCCAGAGCGGGCCCGGCGCCUCCCGAGCGGUCAGGGCUCUCGGCGGAGGACGAGGCGUGGGCUUCUUCCUCUGGCCAGGGGAAGCAGAGAGUAUGAGAGCCUAUCUAAAGAGCGCAGAAGGCUUUUUUGUCCUGAAUAAAAGCACUACGAUUGGAAGGCAUGAAGAUUCAGACCUUGUUUUAGAGUCUGCAGACAUCGACAACCAUCACGCGCUCAUUGAAUAUAAUGAGGCCGAGAGCAGCUUUGUUCUCCAGGACUUCAAUUCCCGCAACGGCACAUUCGUCAACGAGUGCCACAUUCAGAACGUGGCUGUGAAGCUCUUACCCGGAGACAUCCUGAGGUUUGGGUCCGGAGGGCUGACCUAUGAACUGGUCAUCGAAAACCCAGCCUCGGUCUCCUUCCCAUGGGUGAGGGGCCCAGCACCUUGGCCAAGGCCACAGCCACCUCGGGCCACCCAGCAACCGAACCAGUCACCCUCACCACCACAGACCCCCUUCCACCCGGGCAUCUGGCCAGCGCCAGUGCAGAGGAGCUGGUCCCCGGGAUUCCCCGGGCCCCCCAUGGUCCCACCUGCCUCCCACAAGCGGCCCGUGAGUGCCAGCGGGAAGAUGUUCUCCUUCGUGGUGGACAGAGCCGCCCACAGGGUUCCCAUCAUCAAGCAAGUGUGGACCAACGCCGUGGAACUGUCGGAACAAUCAGUGGCCGAGGAAAUUCCUGGGGCAGGGUUCUCCAGAGAAAUUUUUGUGGACCAGGACCUGGCCCAGCACGAUAAGGAUGAAAUAAUUCUGCUGCUGGGAAAAGAAGUCAGCCGUCUCUCGGAUUUUGAACUUGAAUCCAAAUACAAAGACACCGUGAUAGCAAGCCUGCACAACGAAGUGGCCAACCUGAGCCAGAAGCUGUUGGAAACAGCCGCCUCCAGGCAGAAGGAGAGGGUGAUCCCGCCCAAGUUUCAGGUUCCGCAUGAAGAGGACGAUGCCCAACAGAGAGAGAUCCAGAGCUUGAAAGAGCAGAUCAGUGCCCUACAGCAAGGCUACAGCCAGGUGCUGUGCCAGACCCUGUCUGAGAGAAACUUAGAAAUCACAUCCCUGAAGAACGAGGCUGAGAACUUAAGGAGGGAAACCGCCAUCACAUCAGAGAUGGUGUCAUCUUUGCAAAGAGAUGUGUUAGUAAAGGAUGAUCAAGUUCAACAACUAAAACAGGAGGUGACUCAACUAAAGAGUGAGAACAAAGAAAAGGAUCACCAGCUCCAAGCCCUCAGCUCCAGAUGCUCAGUGCUGAAAGAAGAGUUACAGAAGGAAGAUGCCCAGAAUGAGCACUGGGAAGCCCAGGAGAAAGAGUUAAAACUCUGCAAAACCCAAAUCCAUGACAUGGAGAAAGAAAUGAAGAAGCUCAGGGAGGAGCUGAAAAGGAGCAGUACCGAGCAGAGCUUGAUCUCUAAGACGCUACGGGAAAAGAGCAAGCUGGAGCUUUUCAGAAGUCAGGUCAUCAAGGCCACCUAUGGACGCGUGAAACCGUUCCAGGACAAACCCGUCUCCGAUCAGCAGUUAAUAGAGAAGAUCACCAGGGUCACAGAGGACAAUAUCAACUUUCGGCAGAAAAAGCGGACCCUGCAGAAGGAGACCCAGCUCAGCAGCUGCGAACAGGAGGAAAUGACAGAGAACAUCGUGAAGCUGAAGACAUCCUUAGACAGUUGCCAGGCGUGCAUGAAAAUGUCUUGCUGUAGCGAUGACCUGAAGAAGGAGGUCGACCUCCUGCAGCGCCUGCAGGUGAGCCCACCUGUCUCAGGGCUCCAGAAGGUGGCGCUGGACAUCUUGCGCCUGUCACUGUCCUGGCUGGAGGAAACGGAGCAUCUCCUCCACGAGGUGGGGAUCCAGUUCUCCAGCUCCGACAAAGGAUUGUCUUUGUAUCUGAAAUACCUUCUGGAACAUUAUCAAAAAAUUACAAGCUGGACCCAGGAACUUCAGAUCAAGACCAACAGUUCUCAGGAAACUCAGCAGUAUUUGCUGCAAGAAAAGUUACGGCAGCACCUGGCAGAGAAGGAGAAGCUGACCGAGGAAAGGCUACAGCAAGAGGAGAAGCUGAAAGCCAGAAUCAAGCGGCUAACGGAAGAGAAAUCGGCUUUGGAGGAAACCAUUUCUCAGGAGAAAAGCAGAGCAAAGGAAGCAUUAGAAGAAGAACAGAGCAAAGUCCAAGAGCUGGAGAAUCGCUUAACCCGCCAGAAGGAGAUUUUGGAGAGCAGCAUUGCCCAUGAGAAAAGCAGAGCAAAGGAAGCCUUAGAGACAGAAAAGAGAAAAGUGCGAGAUCUGGAGAACCACUUAACCCAGCAGAAGGAGAUUUCAGAGAGCAGCAUCGCCUACGAGAAACACAAAGCGAAGGAGGCCAUAGAGAAGGAAAAGAAAAAGGUGCAAGAUCUGGAGAACCGCAUAACCAAGCAGAAGGAGGAAAUAGAUUUAAAAAUGCAAAAAGAAGACAUUUUAAAUGAUAAAUUAAAUGAUGCAUUGGCCAUGGUAGAAAAGACUCAGAAAACAAAGACGGCUGAAAGUCUAAAAGCAGAGAGCCUCACCAUGAAAUUAAGUGAAACAUUAGCUGAACUGGAAACUGCUAAGGCGAAAAUGAUCAUGAUGGAGGAGCGGAUGCAGCUGCAACAGCUCACAGUAAGGGCCCUCCAAGAAGAACAGGAAUCUCAGAAGCACGGAUUUGAAAAACAGAUCAUGGAAUACAAGGACCAAAUCAAACAGCACACCCAGACGAUUGUGAGUCUUGAAGAAAGACUCCAGAAAGUGACCGAACACCGUAAAAAAAUAGGAGAGAUUGCAACGUUGAAGGACAAUGACCGAGCCCAGGAGGGGGGAACACAGCAAGACACUGCGGCAGCACCUCCGGUGGAGAGCUCCGCCAAAGACGCAGUGUGUGUUCAGCACCUGACAGAGGACUUAUUGACUGCUCAGAAGGAAAUCCUGUCUCAGCAGGAGAUCAUCACGGGGUUAAGGAAGAACCUCACUGAAGCCCAUAGCCAAAUGUCAGAUUUGAGAGGGGAGCUUAACGAGAAGCAGAAGAUGGAGCUGGAGCGGAAUGUGGCGCUGGUCCAGCAACAAAGCAGCGAGCUGAGUGUGCUCAAGGAAAAGAUGGCACAGGUGAGCAGCCUGCUGGAGAAGAAGGACAAGGAGCUAGAGGCCCUCAAGCAGGCACUCAGGGCCUCCCAAGAGAAACACAGACUCCAGCUGCACAAGGAGAAGGAACAGAAGCCCAGGAACACAACCCAGAUGUGUGACAUCUCGGUGCAGAUAGAACCAAUCCACACCGAUAUUUUCUUGAGCAGCCAGGAAGAGCAGUCCUUCAGUGAUCUAGGGGCCAAGUGCAAAGGGUCCCGACAUGAGGAAGUCAUUCAGCGUCAGAAAAAGGCCUUAUCCGAGCUUCGUGCGCGAAUUAAAGAACUUGAGAAGGCCAGCUUGUCAAAUCAUAAAGACCACAUGGAUGGAUCAUUUCUAGACUUAAAGACCCUCGGGAUGGAAAAAAAUGUUCAGAAAAUAUGGGAUGUAAAACCUGACUUGCCAACUUUUUCAAGAGUAGAGAUCCGAGCGCCUCAAAAUGGCCUUUCCAGCCCAGGGUCCAUCAUGGCCACUGAGAAGUUAGGGAAAACGGAUGCGGCUGAGGCUUUAGAUCUUAGUGAAAAGCUGUACAUGGAUAUGAGCAAAACCCUCGGGAGUCUGAUGAAUAUCAAAGAUAUGUCAGGUCACGUGUCCAUGAAACACCUCUCCCCAAAAGAGAGGGAGAAGGUCAACCAGCUUCGACAAAGAGACCUCGACCUGGUGUUUGAUAAGAUCACCCUACUCAAGAACAAGCUGGAGAGAAAAGAAGAGCUUUUGAGGCGAUACGAGAAAGACAUUGAACAGCUCAGGCAGAGCAAAGUGUCGGUUCAGAUGUACCAGUCACAGGUGGCAAAGCUGGAAGACGACAUCUACAAAGAGGCCGAAGAAAAGGCGCUGCUGAAGGAGGCCCUGGAGCGCGUGGAACAGCGGCUGCACCAGGAGAAGAGGGUCCACAGGGCGAUCAGGCAGCAGGAGGUUGGAGCCAGAAAAGACACCCCAAAGAUGGACCAAGAAAGGGAGAUGCUGAAGAGAGAAGCGUCCAGCAAAUCCAGCCAGAGCCUUCUGUUUUCUAAACCUGGUGGAAGGAACUAGAAACGUCGUCCCGCUGGGCCUCGCGUGAUCCUCCGUGAGUCAGUGUAACUCUUCUGCGUCAAACUACUAAGAUGCCUUUUUAGGACUUUAAAGGUUGCUACCCUAGUGUGUUUCUUCCUAGACUGGUAUUUUGCACAAUACUGUAUUUUGGAGUGUGUGAGGAGAGGGGUUCUUUUCACAGAUAUUAUGAAUGUAAACAUACUCAGGCGUAUGAAGAAUAAGUUUGAAAUUCAGACUCCUAGGCCCGGUAGAUACAAUUAUGUGUUUGGGUAGUGACAAACCCAAAUGUCACACCUCCAAGGAGCUCCGAGAAACCCGCAGUUGAGAAAACCCAGGGC